GUGAGAUGGUUCCGGCCCGCCCUCGCGCUGAUAAGCCGCCGGCGCAGUGCGUGCAGCGGCGCGCCGAGGUCAGGCUGUAGUGCGAUGCGCGGCCUGGGCGCUCUGUGUGUGCUGGCGGCCCUAGGGCUGCCCGCCUCCUGCCGCUACGACACCGACCAGGAGCUCAGCACGCCCGACCUCGUGAGGAAGCACGGCUACCCGGCAGAGUCUCACGUGGCUCUCACGGCUGACGGCUACCUGCUCACGCUGCACCGCAUCCCGCACGGCAGGACCCGGCCCGACGCGGGCGGCAGACCCGUGGUGUUCCUGCAGCACGGCCUGCUGUCCAGCUCGGCGGACUGGGUCAUCAUGGGCCCCAACACGUCCCUGGCCUACAUCCUGGCGGACGAGGGCUUCGACGUGUGGAUGGGCAACGUGCGAGGCAACACCUACUCCAAGAGCCACGUGAACCUGUCGAGCAGCGACCCGCUCUUCUGGAGGUUCAGCUGGGACGAGAUGGCCGUGUUCGACCUGCCCGCCGCCCUGGACCUGGUGCUGGCCACGACGGGGCGGAGGCGCCUCUUCUACGUGGGCCACUCCAUGGGCACCAGCAUGUUCUUCGCGCUGGCCUGCACGCGGCCCGACUACGUGGGCGCCCGGGUGGAGCUCAUGAGCGCCCUGGCUCCGGUGGUGUUCCUGAGGCACGUCAGGACCCCCAUGAGGAUACUCUCAUACUUCGCGCACGACUACCAGUUCCUGGCACAUUUUUUCGGAGCCAAUCAGUUCCUGCCGAACAACUUCAUCCUGAGGCUGCUGGCGCGGUACGGCUGCGACGCCAUCACUGCCGAGAGGAAGAUCUGUGAGAGCUCCAUCUUCGUCCUGACCGGCUUCGACCCUCAGCAGUUCAACAUCAGCCUGCUGCCCGUGAUCCUGGGCCAUGCCCCUGCUGGGACCUCCUCCAGGACCAUCGUGCACUACGCCCAGCUCAUCCAGUCAGGCCAGUUCAAACCUUUUGACUGCCAGGAGGAUUACAAGCCAUGUUACCAGCCUCCGUCGGGACGCUACCAGCUGGACAACAUCUCAGUUAAAGUCUCUCUCCAUUAUGGGGACAAUGACUGGCUGGCUACGCCAACAGACGUGCAUGCGUUGUCGCAGUCGCUGCGGAAGGUGGUGGGGGUGUACAGGGUGCCCCUGCCCACCUUCAACCACGUGGACUUCCUGUGGGCCAAGGACGUGCGCGCGCUCGUGUACGACGAGGUGGUGCGGCUCCUGAAGCAGGGUCGCGGCUGACGAGGGCCGGGACGGGGCACGCCCGCCGCCCCGCUCUGCGUGUUACUUCUCGUACCAGCUGCUGCUGCCCGCCUCGGUACCAGGGGCGAGGCGUGGUGGCGGGACCAUUGUGUCAUGACGAGGAGACACAGGACCCGUUAAUGUCAUGUCACAGUCGCAUGGUCCUUUUUUUUUAAGAAGGAAUAAUAAAUUUUCAGUCUCCAGCAGUACUUAUGCUCUUCAUACAAUUCUAUGAUUGUUUGUAAACUAUUUAAUUUUUCAGUUUUAAAUUAAAAAAAAACUAAUAAUAAACAUAAUGUGUAACUUAAGGUCAAACUUUAAUCAUUAUUAAUAUAUUUUUAUGUUCUGAUUUGUUUCAGGUACUUAAUUUUUGUGUAAAAUACACGUAUAUCUGGAGAAAAAAAAUCCCUGGGCUUUUUAAUGACAAACUUUCUCUGCCACCCCUGAGCAUGAUUUAUGAUCUUCUUAAGCGAUUUCGUACUUUUUAUGUUAUUAGAACUUAUGUAUUUCAAAUUACUGUGCCCAUAAAAUUGCUUCGUCCAGCCUGAAAUACACCAAUUUCCACCUC